AGUCGCGCAGUACAGGGCGAGCUACCUAUGUAAUGCCUGAAUAGAAUAUGUCGGAGUAAAAUUAAAUUAUUCAUUAAAGACGCUCAUAUUUAUGAUUUUAAUAUAAACAGAAUCUAUAUAUGAAAUAAUAACGUAUCUACAUGAAUCCAGUUUGAAGUAAUUUAAUAGAUAUUUUACAGAAUUACAACAAGAGAUUUUUCGGACACUGUGAAACUAUCUUAGCAGUUAUACUGCUGACAUGCGUUGUGGAAGUGUGCCACCAGGUUAAGGUAAAAACAAACGAAACUCGCGUCUUUUAAUACUUACAAAUUUUCUUUGGACGGGACUAAUAUCUGCUCCAUAUAGUUUAUUAGACGUGUCGACCUUUUGCUCGGAACUGCAUGUUUUAAAUUAUUGAGUGUAGCUAAACUGACUAACCAGCAAGGUCGUGCAAAAUGUGACAAGUCAACAGACAGACAGAAGAGACAGAAAGCAGAUUAUUUAUCGUACAUAAGUGUGUCAUCAUUCAGUAUUUUACAGUACUGUUAAAGAACAUUUUUAUUCGAGCUGGUUUAGGCUCAAUUUAAUAUUUGUGAAUCAACCGAUGCUACAGACGUAACGCUAACGGUCACAGCAUGUCGCUGUCAUCUUGGCAGAAACUGUUGCUGCUGAAAUCGGUAGAACACAGAUUGUUGAACGCGAGGACAUGCGUUGGCCCGACUUCCCGCCCGAGGCGCCACGGUGCCAGCGCUCCCGGUGGGUCCCGCAGGAGGGUGGUAAUCACCGGGAUCGGGCUCGUGUCCCCGCUCGGCACGGGGACCGCGCUGCCGUGGGAGCGCUUAAUCCGCGGCGAGAGCGGCAUCGUGGCUCUUGAGGAGGAGGACUACAAAACGGUUCCCUGCAAAGUGGCGGCCCUCGUGCCCAGGGGAGACGGAGACGGGGACUUCCGGGAGGAGAGGUUCGCCUCACGAGGGGAGAUCAACAGCAUGUCGCCCGCCACGGUGAUGGCGCUGGGGGCGGCGGAGCUGGCGCUGAAAGAUUCCGGCUGGUAUCCCACCAACCUCGAGGAGCAGCUGGCCACGGGUGUGGCCGUCGGCAUGGGGAUGGUGUCGCUGGACGAGAUCGCCCGCACCGCCAAAGCCUUCUCCACCAGCGGUUACAGCAAAGUCAGCCCCUUCUUCGUGCCGCGGAUCCUGGUCAACAUGGCCGCCGGUCACAUCAGCAUCAAGCACCAGCUGAAGGGCCCUAACCACGCGGUGUCCACAGCCUGCACGACGGGCGCGCACGCCGUGGGGGACGCCACCCGCCUGGUCGCCCACGGCGACGCCGAUGCCAUGCUGGCGGGGGGCACGGAGGCCUGCGUGGGGCCGCUGGCCAUGGCGGGGUUCGCCCGGGCUCGGGCGCUGGCCACGCGCUGGAACCACAGCCCCGCCCUGGCGUCCCGCCCCUUCCACCCCGACAGAGACGGCUUCGUGAUGGGCGAGGGCGCGGCCGUCAUGCUGCUGGAGGAGCGGGAGCGGGCGCUGGCCCGGGGCGCCCGCGUGUACGCCGAGGUCCUCGGCUACGGCCUGUCCGGCGACGCCAGCCACAUCACCGCGCCCACCGCAGACGGAGACGGAGCGUUCCGGUGCAUGUCGGCGGCGUUGCGUGAUGCAGGGCUCCCGCCGGACGCCGUGACGUACGUGAACGCGCACGCCACCUCCACGCCGCUGGGCGACGCCGCUGAGAACGCCGCGCUGAAGCGUCUGUUCGGGCGUCACGCCCGCCUGCUGGCGGUGUCCUCCACCAAGGGCGCCACGGGGCACCUGCUGGGCGCAGCCGGGGCACUGGAGGCCGCCUUCACCGCCAUGGCCUGUUACCACGGCAACCUGCCCCCCACGCUCAACCUGGACCGCACCGACCCCGACUUCGACCUGAACUACGUGCCCCUCUCCGCACAGGACUGGCGUGCGGACGGGCGCAGGGUCGCCCUCACCAACUCUUUCGGGUUCGGCGGCACCAACGCCAGCCUGUGCAUCGGCAGCGUCUGACUGCUCCAUUUACCGUUCCGCUUACUGGACACGCGCACGGGAAAGGCUUCAUUAAGCACUCUUCCCUGAAAGUAUGUUAAAGAUAAAAAACGAGAAUGCCCGUGCACUGCCAUUUAAAAAUAAAUUGUGAUUUAUUUUUAUUUAUUUUAUGCUGUGAAAAAUGUUUCGACCAGAGUCUGGUCUUUUUCUGAUUUUCUAAAAUGCACUGAGCUGGUCAUUUCAGCCAGGGCGAUUCUGUAGAAACUAUCGGAACUUGACUGACAGCACAAAAUGUGUGCUUUGCUCAUGGAAAUGAUCAGAGCAGAAGUCCUCUGGGUUAGGGGGUAAUUUAGCUUUAUUAAACUGUAUCUCUUGUAUACAUGGGUGUCUGUGUUGUGAAUUAAAGGCAGGUGCUCUGUUUCCUGUGUUA